AUGCCGUAUCUGGGUACAUACAUAUACAUGUAUCUUUUGUACAUGUAUUUCCCGGCCGUGUGUGAAGCGCCACUUCGAGGGACGAGUGUGAUUUCGUACUGCUUCGUGAACGGCCUCGGUAACGCCGAAGGGCCGCCGGUCUCAGUGCCUCUACUCUCCGACCAAGCACAUCUGCAACCAACAGUCCUGGGGACUGCCGACCACGACGAAAACUGGGGUAGGGACGCCAAUUCGUUCCAGGGCGACCAGCUGGCCCUGAUCAAGCUUGCACUGCUUGGCGACGACGAACUGCAGGGCGACCCACAACACCUCAGGGCUGUUCGACAGGAGCUUUCCAAGAUUGCAGCGACCGGUUUUGAUGGGGCCACGGUUCUGGCAGAGUACAUGAGGAGGAUGUGGGUGUGCGCUAAAACCAAGAUACAGAGCGACGUAGCGGACCGCCUCAAGGGCCAGUCCUCCAAGCUGAUGACGGCGGGCUUCACCUUCGGCAUCCCGGCUACCUGGGGCGAGCGAGCCGCCGAGCGGAUGGAGAAGGCUAUUGCCGACUCUAAAAUCACCGACGGCGCCACCUUUUCAGACCUAAUUCUUGAGCCCGAGGCCGCAGGCUUGGCUGAGUUUCCACACCUCGACCUGGGAGUAGGUGCUUUUGCCCCCCUCCCAGCAUUAUCAAGACGUUCCGAUCCAUCACCGACGGUAUCGUGGAUUUGGACGCAACAAAUUCCUCUAGCAAGAGCUGCGAACCCACUUCGGCACGAUCGUCCGCUUUACAGAGACCAAUGGCAAUGGAAUCAAGACGUGGGCAGCUGUCAAACCCCCAUCACUCUGCCCUUCGCCGCCUUCCAGGCAAGGACCGACCGCGACCAGCCCUGCAUUCCAAUCUACAGCUGCGAGCGUGAAGUGAACGGGUGCAGGAGCAUCGUUAAGGACAUCAAGGUUUACAAGAACCCUUGCCAAAUCAGGUGCAUGCGACCUGAUCAACUUGGCGGUUCCCAGUCGUUGCAGCUUCGGCCACGGUUGAAUGCCCGCCAGGAAAUCGAAUUCGAGGUGCAGGCGGAUUUGGAGUGGAUGUUCAAGGUGGAGAAGCUGAAGUAA